AUGGCCUCCAACUUUAACGACAUAGUCAAGCAGGGCUACGUGAAAAUCCGCAGCAGGAAGCUGGGGAUUUUCAGGCGAUGCUGGUUGGUUUUCAAGAAGGCUUCUAGCAAAGGACCUAGAAGGUUAGAAAAAUUUCCAGAUGAAAAGGCAGCUUAUUUCAGAAACUUUCAUAAGGUAACUGAACUGCACAACAUCAAAAAUAUAACCAGACUGCCUCGAGAGACAAAGAAGCAUGCCGUGGCAAUUAUCUUUCAUGAUGAAACAUCGAAGACUUUUGCCUGUGAGUCAGAGCUGGAGGCUGAGGAGUGGUGCAAACACCUCUGCAUGGAGUGUCUGGGGACCAGACUCAAUGACAUCAGCCUUGGGGAGCCCGACCUUCUGGCCGCAGGCGUGCAGCGGGAACAGAACGAACGAUUUAAUGUGUAUCUUAUGCCUACACCAAAUCUGGAUAUUUAUGGUGAAUGCACAAUGCAGAUCACUCACGAGAAUAUCUAUCUCUGGGAUAUCCACAAUGCCAAGGUUAAACUGGUGAUGUGGCCUCUAAGCUCACUGAGGAGAUAUGGUCGGGACUCAACGUGGUUCACGUUUGAGUCAGGAAGAAUGUGUGACACAGGCGAAGGACUAUUCACUUUUCAAACAAGGGAAGGAGAAAUGAUCUAUCAGAAGGUCCAUUCCGCGACACUGGCCAUAGCUGAGCAACAUGAAAGAUUAAUGCUAGAAAUGGAGCAGAAGGCCCGGCUUCAGACGAGCUUGGCUGAACCAAUGACGUUAUCCAAAUCAAUAUCUCUUCCCCGUAGUGCGUACUGGCAUCACAUCACUCGUCAGAACAGUGUGGGAGAAAUCUACAGCUUGCAAGGUCACGGGUUUGGUUCAUCCAAGAUGUCUCGUGCACAGACAUUUCCCAGCUACGCCCCAGAACAGAGUGAAGAGGCUCCGCAGCCGUUGUCACGGUCCAGCAGCUAUGGAUUCAGCUACAGCUCCAGCCUCAUUCAAUGA